AUGGCGCCUUCGAAGCUUUUCGUCUUCGCUCUUUCCGUUGCCCUAAUUUUCGUCAUCGGUAGUUCCGACGCCGACGUUUCCAUCGAAGAAUCCGAUUCAUCUGCUCUCAAGAUCCAAUUAGACCAACUCAAUACCAAGAUCCAAUUUCUCGAGUCUCAAAUCAGUGAGAAGUCAGAGGAAUUGAAGAAGAAGGAUGAAAUAAUAGCAGAAAAAGAAAAGCUUUUCAAUGAUAAGGCUAGUGCUAUUCAGUCGUUGCAGAAUGAGGUUAAUUCUCUCCAGAAAAAAGGAUCAUUGGAUGCUGAGGAGCGGGUUGUAAAGUCUAAUGCACGUGCUGAGGAACUACAGAAGCAGGUGGACAAGCUUAAAAGUGAACUUGAAAGUCAAAACAGUGAGAAAGGCAACUGGGAAACUCGGGUAGAUGAGUUAGAGAAAAAGAUUCAUGUUUUGAACUCAAAAUUAGAGAAGAUUCAAAAAAUAAACGAGGAACAGAAGAAACAAAUCCGCAAAACUGAACGCGCUCUUAAAGUUGCUGAGGAAGAAAUGUUGAAGGCAAAGCUAGAGGCAACUUUCAAAGCAAAAGAGCUGAGUGAGACUCAUGGUGCUUGGCUUCCGCCUUGGCUUGCUGUACACUAUCUCCGUAGUAAGUCCGUGGUUGAGACUCAUUGGAAUGAACAUGGGAAGCCUGUAUUGGAAGUGAUAACGCAAAAGGCCCUAGAGAAAAAGGCACAAGCUGGAAAGUGGGCUGAGCCUCAUUUGGAAACAGUUAAAACUAAAUGGAUCCCAGCUGCGAAUGAACACUGGUCUGCGGUGAAAACAAAGGUUGAACCUCAUGUUCAACUACUGACUACAAAGACUGUUGAAGUUUACAAGUCCUCAAAGGAUGUACUUACACCCCACAUAAGCAAGGGAUUAGAAUGCGUAGACCCUUAUUAUCAGGAAGUUCGAAAGUUUAGCAAGCCAUACAUUGAUCAGGUCGCUACUGCAGCUAAGCCUCACGUCGAGAAAGUACAAGUAGUUCUGAAGCCCUACACAAAGAAGGUUGUUCAUGUUUAUGGGAAUUUCUUAGAAUCAGCCACUGCAUAUCAUAGCCAGGUCCAAGCUACUGUCCAGGAGACACUGAAAAAACACGAACUUACUAGACCUCUUGCUACUAAAGAAUUGGAAUGGUUUGCGGCUUCUGCCCUUUUGGCCUUGCCUAUAAUUUUACUAGCUAGAGCUUUUUCUGCCGUUUUCUGCAAAAAGGCAGUUAAACCUGCUCGAAGUGGACACUCCCACCAUGCUCGUCGUAAAGCUAAGCGAGGUCAUCCAGACAAGUAG